GGCCAGGCGUGACUAACGACGUCACGACUCCCAGUUCCUCUGUUUAAAAAGGUACGUGAACUCAACAUGCACAUCAAAGUCUGACCCAGAGAUGAGCAGAUGUGACGAGAGCAUCAAUGCGCAGGCAGAGAUACAGAAAUAUGAAUGCAGUUGCUUUCCUGCUGUGUGCUGCCGGGGUCCUCAGCUCUGAUGUCCUGUCAGCACAUAAUCAGUCGUGUGUGCCCAGUCAGGAGGUGGCAUGUUUCGCGCCCGCCGAUUAUCUGAAUGCAUCUGGACCUGUCAUCAUCGAAGUGUGCGUUGACAAGAAACUCUCAAUAUCACUGAAAGGCUUCAGUGGACACCCCGUCUGUCACUGGAUCAGAGGAGGAGACCCAGUAGUGACUGUAGACAGGAGCGACUCGAUUGUCCUACCGCCGCUCUCUGAGACAGAUUCUGGGGAGUACACGCUGAGCUGUGAAACUAACAAUGGGACCAGGUCCUCGAUGACAGUGACUCUGCAUGUAGCAAUGGAACGUCCAAUGAAACCACAGCUGAUGCUUGAGAAGGUCGAUGUCCGAAAGACAUCCCCCUAUUUUAAAUGCAUCUCAGAGGGCUGCCCUAAGCCCACAAUUGAAUGGUCUGGAAACCACAUUGGGACAAAUGAUCCUGCCAAUGGUGGAAGUGCAGGGAGCACAAUAUCAAGUACCAAAUUUGUCACAGGAAUGAUGUGCUGUGCUACUAAUGCUGAAGGACAAGAGUGCUCCCAACUAUAUGACUAUGAUCUAGGGAGUGACCAAAUGCAAAAUGAUGAGGUUUCCAAUGUAACUGUGAGCCUUGGUCAGUCUUUACUGCUUCGCUCCCGAAUACAGCAGUACAAACCUCCAUCACCUGUGUGGGAGAAAGGGGGCAAAGCGCUGGAUGCUGAGACAUUAUCAUGCUCUUCAAAAGUUGAGAAGGUGUGCAUUAAGAAUGACUCACAUUGGGGAAGUCGCAUGGCCUACCUGUUCAUCAAAUCAGUGAGUGUGGAGGACAGUGGAACAUAUACCUGCAGGAGUUCGAAAAACAAAACCAAGUCUGUUCACGUUCAUGUCCAGGCCGAAGGCUUCCUCUCUGUCCAGUUGGAUAAGAGCAAAGUUGUUCCAGCCCAGAAUGCAUCCAGCACCUGUUUGCAGGCCGGUGUUUCCUACCACCCUGUGCUCCAGCGCUGCUCCUGGGAGGCCCCUGAUAAAACCAUCACCAAAUGUGUCCGGGACAAAUGGGUGACUAAACACAGGACGGUGAAGCUAUGCGGUCCACUCAAAUCAGGAGAUUACAAGUUAUUCUUGGAGGCUGGAGAACGAAAAGAAACAAGGACUUUAACAGUGUGUGUUGUUGACACACCAAAGUUCACCUCUUGGGUAAACGACAUCGAUGACACCCUCACCUUCAAGACUGUGAGUCUCGUGCCAGCAAAUUACACCUGGAUGAUGUGCUCUUCCCCCAACGGCAGCUGUGAAACAGAUUCUUCGUGGACAGAGAUCCCGGACACGUUCCGAACAGACUCUAGCGUCGUCUGUAACAAAACGAUAACGAGCUCACUGAGAAGAGAGCAAGCAAGCAGGCCCCAUUUAAGGUUUUGCCUCACAAACUCAGUAGGCUCCUGGUGUCACAACACAAUGUACAACUCACCUUCAAUCAAGGCCUCCAUAGGUGCUCAGCACACAGGUCACGACAACCUGCUGCUGCUGAAAGUCGGCAGUUUCCUCCUGCUCCUGGCCUUGGCAGUAGUCAGUGUGGUGCUCAUGUACUUUGUCAAAAAGAAGAAACCCCAGUACCAGCCCCAGCUGCAGAUGGUCCAGAUGGUUGGACCCGGUGACAAUGAUUACAUCUAUAUCAAUUUCAAGGACUUUGAAUACGACCUGAAAUGGGAGUUUCCCAGGGAGAACCUGGAACUGGGUAAGGAACUGGGCUCUGGGGCUUUUGGCAUGGUGGUCCAAGCUACAGCCCAUGGCAUCAACAAGCCUGGGGUCUCUAGACAGGUGGCGGUCAAGAUGCUUAAAGAGAAACACCAGACAGUGGAGAAGGAGGCGCUGAUGUCGGAGCUCAAGAUGCUGACUCACAUCGGUCACCACAGCAACGUUGUUAACCUGCUUGGGGCAUGCACAGACUCAGGACCCAUCUACCUGAUCUUCCAGUACUGCUGUUACGGAGACCUGCUGAACUACCUAAAGAACAACAGCGAGCUCUACCACAAGUCUGUUACUGACGCUUUCAACAAGGACCGUUUCCGCAGCCUCUACCACAACCUGCAGCCUCGGAAAAGCUCUAGUGAGCUACACACGACAGUGGACAAUUAUGUGCCCAUGCAAUGUGCUACCACCAGGGGGCAGGAGGACAUCGCCCUACUCGCCCUCAACUCUGGUGACAUGGACGUCUUGGAAGAUGUCUUUGAAAGCCCACAUGAUCAGACAGAGGACCCGCAGGCCCUGACCUUCGAUGACCUGCUGAGCUUCGCCUUCCAAGUGGCCAAGGGCAUGGAGUUCCUCUCUGCCAAAAACUGUAUCCACCGAGACCUGGCAGCUCGUAACGUGUUGGUGACAAAAGGCAGACUGGUGAAAAUUGGUGACUUUGGACUGGCCCGGGACAUCGAUAACGACUGCAACUAUGUUGUGAGAGGAAACGUGCGUUUACCAGUGAAGUGGAUGGCACCAGAGAGCAUCUUCCAGGGGAUGUACACCAUCAAGAGUGACGUCUGGGCCUAUGGCAUUCUGCUCUGGGAGAUCUUCUCACUCGGCGUCACUCCGUAUCCCGGCAUGAAGGUCGAUCACACCUUCUAUUCAAUGAUUGAGAGAGGAUUCAAGAUGGAGUGUCCAUACUAUGCCGAUGAGUCUGUGUAUGGGAUGAUGUGUACGUGUUGGGCCUUGGAUCCCUGCGACCGCCCUUCUUUCUCCAAUCUGAUGUCCUUCAUGUGUGCCCAGCUGACAGACAGAGAGGAGAAGCUCUACCACAACGUACUCGACCAGACGUCCAGCGACUACCAGAACACACAAGACAUUUUGGACAUUUCCGCCUUGGCAAACCAGGACGGGAACAAGACGCAGGCGGUUAACGACUACUGUGGAACCCGUGCAGCUGGAGAGAGCAAAGUAGAAAUGUGCGACUCAGACACGACUCAGGCAGCUGAGGAGAAACUUCUGAAGCCGUCUGAUGGAGAGUGAUCACCUGUGACUAUUUCAUCUUUCUCUGCAAAACUGUUUAUACAAUAUUCCUCCUCUAAUAAUAGCCUCGAGGUUUAGAGUAGAAUGCACUUGUUUUGUAAUAAAAUAUUGGAGGCAUUUUUUAAAAAAAAUCAAAGGUGGGGUUUGAACAAUAUCCAGCCUCCAUCCAUUAUCCAAAUAACAUGACAUAUUUCCAUGUUCUUAAAUAACAGGACAACAAUUGUCAUGAUGCUAGGGUUAGCAUCAUUGUGCAGCUAAAAAUGACAGACAGGUUUCGUAAAAAGGAUCCUAAAUAUUCUCCGGGCUAUAUAUAAAAGAGACGUGUGCACUGAGUUGUAGCUUUUAUCUCCAUUAGGUUACACAGUGGAGUGAUGGAUCAGCUUUUGGUAUUAAAUGCUAUUAUAUAUAUAUAUUACCUCGUUACUAUAUGACAACAACCCUUUGCUAUAUAUGUUGUAUUCUUGUUCUCAUAUCAGCAGCUAUUCAAAGCAGGUCAAAUCCAAUUUUUGUACACAUACAUAUGUUCUUUUGACCAAGCUUUCUACUUUUUUUUUUACAUUGUAUUGACAAGUUUAAGCAUAAUACUACUCCUUCUGACUGAUCACCUCAACAAAAGUUUGAUUUUUCCUUCUCAUGUGUUUUUGUUUGACCAGAAUUAAGGACUAUUCAGUAUUUCUCAAUAAAAGAGCAAAGAAUACACUCA